AUGAACUUUCCCGUAUUACAACAAUCGGACUUGUUCAACAUCAUCGAGGACUUUAGAUCCAUUGACGUUGAUGACAAGGGCUGGGUGGAGAAAAAAGAUGUUAUAAACAGUGUAAGCAAAAAGGGUGAAUACUCCUAUGACCAAGCUAGAGAGACAUUGAAGCAUGUUGACGUCGAUGCCUCGGGUCAUGUUGAGUUGGACGACUAUGUUGAAUUGAUUGCCAAGUUGAAGGAAUCAAGCCUUGACGAUGACGGUAGCAACGACCACUCUUCAGGGAGAGGCAACAACCUUGCUACACCAAGUGCUGGUGGUGCACCUGGACCAUUGUCACCAGGAAGAGUUAAAAAGACUGCACCACCUAUCCCAACUGCCAAUGCCAAAAACAAAACAUACAUUGAGGGAAAAACAUCAGGUACCACACAUACCAUUAAUGAUGAAGAGAGAACAGAGUUUACAAGGCACAUUAAUUCAGUUUUAGAAAAUGACGCAGAAAUCGGUGACAGAUUGCCCUUUGAUACCGAGACUUUCCAAAUUUUCGACGAGUGUAGAGACGGUUUGGUAUUGUCCAAAUUGAUCAACGACUCGGUUCCUGACACCAUUGAUACAAGAGUGUUGAACUUGCCCAAAAAGGGCAAAAAACAAUUGAACAAUUUCCAAAUGUCAGAGAAUGCCAACAUUGUUAUUAACUCUGCCAAGGCUAUCGGGUGUGUGGUUGUUAAUGUCCAUUCAGAAGAUAUCAUUGAUGGUAAGGAGCACUUGAUAUUGGGUCUUAUUUGGCAGAUCAUCAGAAGAGGUUUGUUGAGCAAAGUUGAUAUCAAGUACCAUCCAGAAUUGUACAGGUUAUUAGAGGACGAUGAAACAUUGGAACAGUUUUUGAGACUACCACCAGAACAAAUCUUGUUGCGUUGGUUCAACUACCAUUUGAAGAAUGCCGGUUCGCAAAGACGUGUGACCAACUUUGGAAAGGAUGUGAGUGAUGGAGAAAACUAUACGGUUUUGCUUCAUCAAUUGAAGCCAGAUGUUUGCGACUUGUCGCCAUUGCAAACCAGCGAUUUGACUGCUAGAGCAGAGCAAGUCUUGGACAAUGCAGACAAGAUUGGGUGUAGAAAGUAUUUGACACCGAAAUCUUUGGUUUCGGGAAAUCCAAAGCUUAACUUGGCAUUUGUCGCUAAUUUGUUCAACACGCACCCAGGCUUGGACCCAAUUGAGGAACAUGAACAGGUUGAGAUUGAAGACUUUGACGCCGAAGGUGAGAGAGAAGCAAGAGUAUUCACAUUGUGGUUGAACUCCUUGGACGUUGACCCACCCGUUAUUUCAUUGUUUGAAGAUUUGAAAGAUGGUUUAGUGUUGUUGCAGGCAUAUGACAAGGUCUUGCCUGGAAGUGUGUCCUUUAAACACGUGAACAAGAAACCGGCAAAUGGGGGAGAAGUUUCGAGAUUCAAGGCUUUGGAAAAUACCAACUAUGGUGUUGAGAUUGGAAAAGCCAAUGGGUUCUCUCUCGUGGGAAUUGAUGGGUCCGAUAUUGUUGAUGGUAACAAGUUGCUUACUUUGGGACUUGUUUGGCAAUUGAUGAGAAGAAAUAUCAUCAACACUUUAUCUGAAUUGGGUAAUGGUGGACAAUUAUCCGAUGCUGAUAUCUUGAAAUGGUCUAACCAACAAGUUGCAAAGAAUCCAAGCAAAUCAGCGUCAACAAUACGUUCUUUCAAGGACUCGUCGUUAUCCAACGGUGUCUACUUGUUGGAUGUGUUGAAUGGAUUGAAACCAGGCUAUGUUGACUACGAUAUGGUUUACCAAGGCUCCAAUCUUUCCGACGAGGAGAAAUAUGCUAAUGCUAAAUUGGCCAUUUCCAUUGCAAGAAAAUUGGGUGCGCUUAUCUGGUUGGUACCUGAGGAUAUCAACGAGGUGAGAAGCAGGUUGAUCUUGUCCUUUGUUGGUAGUUUGAUGGCUGUUGCUGAGGGAAAGUAG